AAUGAGCAUCUAAGUUAAAAACUUAUAUUAAAAUUCAGUGGAAAAAGUUAAUUUACCUCAUGUAGGUACUUACCUACAUAUAUACGCACUCGUACAUUAAAACCUACUUUGUGAUAACAAUAUGAGAGAUAGAUAAGCAACAUGGCUUCCAACAAGCCGAUCACGAAGAAAGUCCUAAACUCACCAGACACUUGUGUCGAUGAUAACCUACGCGGAGUGGUGGCGCUGUACCCCAAUCUACACCUACACCCCAAACACCGGGUGGUCACUUUAAGAAGAAAGACGGAUUCUGGAAGAGUAGCGGUACUUAGCGGGGGAGGAUCUGGACAUGAGCCCUUUGCAGCAGGUUUUAUAGGAAAUGGUAUGCUGUCUGGAGCAGUAGCUGGUGGAGUAUUCGCAUCUCCACCAACCGCCAAUGUACUUUACGCGAUCGCACAACUUUACAAAUAUAAUUCAGGAGGAGUCCUAGUAUUUUGCGGAAACUACACUGGUGAUAGAUUAAAUUUUGGAAAGGCAACUGAGAAAGCCAAAAUCGCAGGAAUUAAGACGGAGUUAUUCUUCGUGGGCGAAGACGUUGCUUCCAGCACUAAUAAGACUGGAGGCAGAGGAAUGUGUGGCGAAGUCUUUCUUUUCAAGAUGCUUGGUGCGAUGUCUGCGAAAGGAUACGAUUUAUCUUCAAUGCACAAUGCUCUUGCAGAGAUUACGAAGAAUAUGGCAACUCUUGGAGUAUGCUUCAGCGCUUGCUCUUUACCAGGUCAGUCGCCUCUAUUUGAGAUAGCACCAGAUGAGAUGGAGCUCGGCGCUGGGGUCCACGGUGAAGCUGGUAUCGAGAAACUAAAAAUGGGCACAGCUAAAGAAAUUGUGGCGUUAAUCCUGGACAAGAUAAUAGCGCAUCUUAAGCUCAGUGUCGGAAACAGAGUAGCAGUCAUGAUAAACAACAUGGGAGGCACUUCGCUCAUGGAAAUUAACAUUAUUGCAGCGGAAAUCAAGGAUUACUUAGAUCAAAACCAAAUGAAAAUGGAACGAAUGAUCUCCGGCCACCUAAAGACCUCUUUAGAAAUGCAGGGCUUCCAGAUUUGUCUUCUACACCUUAACAAAGAACAUGGGGAUCUUUGGUUAAAACUACUAGAUGCACCCACCGAAGCAAUCGGCUGGACCGGAGGUGUUAUGUCCGUGAAGGAAGGCGAUGAAGAACAUGGUGAUGACGAUACUUUACUGCAAGGAGAUGGUAGAAAGACUGCUACCGGUCCAUCCUUGUCAAUGAAAGAGCAAGAGAUACUUCGAGGAAGUUUGCAAGCGGCUGCCCAAGAGUUGGUGAGAAAUGAGGAGCUGCUCAAUAGGCUGGAUUCAGGGUGUGGAGAUGGAGAUUGUGGGAUAACGCUUAAGAAAUUCGGGAAAGCGGUGUUAUCAUACCUUGAGACAGCGUCAUUGGAGUACCCUUCAAAUGUUGUGUGGGAAUUGUCGGAGAUGGCAGAAACUGACAUGGGAGGUACAUCGGGAGGUAUCUACAGUUUAGGGUUCGCUGCAGCAUCUCAAGCUAUAGCUAAUGCUACAUCAAAUGAUAGGUCGUCUUGGUUAGAAGCAUGGGAGAGCGCAAUGCAAGCGAUAACUAAAUAUGGCGGAGCUGAACCUGGAGACAGAACCAUGCUCGAUACGUUGUAUGCGUCUGCGCUGGUGUACAAACAAAACUUGAAAGCUGAUCUCAAAACUGCCUCAAAGAAGACUGUGGAAGCUGCUGAGAAGGGUUCCAAAGCCACCGCUACUAUGUCCGCAAGAGCGGGACGAGCCUCGUAUGUAGCGAGCGGCUACGUCCACGAUGAAGAUGCGGGCGCGCGGGCAGUUGCAAUAUGGCUGCGUGCAAUUUUAGACCACAUCGCUAAUAGUUAUUAGGUUCAUAUUUUAAAGAAUUCACUCUUACUACAAUUAUUUGAAGCAGUGUUAUUUUAAUACAAGUUAAAUGUCACAUCUUAUCGUACUAAGAAUAGGAUUUUAUCCUGUAAGAAGAGCUGUAACAAUGUUGAAAUAAUACUGCUUUUAGAUAUGGUGUAAUCAUGCUGUUCUCGUCAUUAAAGUCUUAAAAGUAAAAUAACACGAGUUUAAUGUUAGCAAUAAUUGAGAUUUACUAACGUCACCUCUUCCUUAGUCAUGAAUGAAUUCAUGUCGCGCGAAGGAAACAGUAAGGGUCAUAUUGAUAAACAUAGCAUGACGUCGGAAUUAUUAUUCAGUGUUUGUCACACUACAACUGACAGCACCUUGUGAUUGUCAUAGCGUGCCGAGCAUUUUUUUCUUGUGGAUGAAAAGUACACAAUUCAUUAAAUUGUGAUUGUUUUUGUCAUAUCGUACCCUGCUCUGACAAGUUUGUCCUUUUUCAGAGCUCUUUGAAACUUUUACAUUAUAUUUUGACCAAUUUUUACCAUAUCUUUAUAAAUUAUAGUCUUAAUGUCUGAUGUAUAUAAUAGUUAAGUUAAGUUUUAUCAAAAUUCGUUCAGAAUUAUUUGCGUAAAAGAGGAAAAAAUAGAUGGAUGCACCCAUCUAUACAAACUUUCACAUUAACAAUAUUAGUAGGAUACUCCGGUCCACAUAGGAACACUAAAUUUACCUCAACAACACCGUUUUUUAAUAUUUUUGACAUUUCAAAUAAAACAAAGGAUUCUAACAGUAUCUUUAAUCAUCACAAUAUUUAACAAUAAUUGUUCUAUAAGUUACAAUCACCAAGUUAAUAAAAUA